CGCAGUGCGAGUCGUUCGUAGAGUGUUCUAGAAGGCGGCAGGACCGCCGAGGAGAUGUCUUGAGGCCGAAAGGACCUGCGACCGUUCCGUGGCCUCAACCUCGAGCUCCAAGGAGGAAUCGAUGACCAAGGACAAGAAGUCAUCCCCGCGUGUUCUGCACCUCGUUGGCGAGUCCUCUCGCCCGCGUCGCACUGCAUCUCACUCGACUCGCAUAUCCCGGUCCGCGAAGUCCUGAGUUAUGGCUGCCUACAUUGAGCGUACCGUGUCCAUGAUCGGAGGAGAUGGUCAGUUUCGUACGUCCGAUGCUAGAAUCGAAAAUUCUCCUCUGCAGAUUUUUGUCAAGGCCAAGAAGAAGAUCAAUGAUAUAUUCCUUGAGAUCGAAGACUACGUCCAGGAUGUCGUUGGGUUCAUGGAAACUCUGCGCGGAGAUCGCGAUGUCGUCAACGAGGAAGAAGCGACCAAGAUUAAAGCCUACGUGGGAAAAGUCCAUGGCAUUCGAGAUGUGCUCAAACGAGAUCACAUGAAGGUGGCCUUCUUUGGGAGGACGAGCAAUGGGAAAAGUACAGUUAUCAACGCUAUGCUACGGGAAAAGAUUCUACCCAGUGGUAUCGGGCACACGACCAACUGCUUCCUGCAAGUGGAGGGUUCCGACAACGACGAGUCGUACCUUGUGACGGAAGGGUCUAGUGCAAAGCAACCUGUGGAAUCGGUGGCGCAGCUUGGUCAUGCACUGUGUAAAGAAAAAUUAUGCGAAAGCCACCUUGUGAGAGUGUUCUGGCCAAAGGAAAAGUGUGUUCUCCUGAGGGAUGACGUGGUCUUCGUUGACAGUCCUGGAGUCGACGUAACACCUAACCUCGAUGAAUGGAUCGAUAAACAUUGCCUGGACGCCGAUGUUUUUGUGUUGGUUGCCAACGCAGAGUCCACAUUAAUGGUUACGGAGAAAAACUUCUUCCAUAAAGUGUCGACGAAGCUGUCGAAGCCGAACAUUUUUAUCCUGAACAAUCGGUGGGAUGCUUCCGCCUCGGAGCCGGAAUUCCUGGACCAGGUCAGGGCGCAGCACCAGGAACGAGCCGUGGACUUCCUCUCGCGCGAGCUCAAGGUCUACUCCCCGAAGGACGCCGAGGAGCGCGUCUUCUUCGUCUCUGCAAAGGAGACCCUGCAGGCGCGCAUAGAGGAGCACCGAGGGCAGCCGGCACACAAUGGCGCCCUUGCAGAUGGGUUCCAGAAUCGCUACUUCGAGUUCCAGGAUUUCGAGAGGAAGUUCGAGGAGUGCAUCUCCAAGUCCGCGGUAAAAACGAAAUUCGAGCAGCACUCGCAACGCGGGAAGCACAUCGCCACAGAGAUCCGACAAGCCCUGGAUGAGAUCCUGGACCGUACGCAGAAGAUGCGGUGCGAGCGACUCAACGUGAAGAAGGAGGUCCACGAUCGGCUGAACUUCACCGAGCAGCAGUUGAUCCUGCUGACCCAGGAGAUGAAGGACAAGAUCCACAGGAUGGUCGAGGACGUCGAGCAACGCGUUUCGAAGGCGCUGAGCGAGGAAAUCCGCCGACUGGCUGUUCACGUGGACGAGUUCAAUGUUCCGUUCCACCCGGAGCCGCUGGUUCUUAACGUCUAUAAACGGGAACUGCACUCGCAUGUGGAGAACGGUCUAGGGUCGAACCUCAGGGCGCGCCUGAGCACCGCCUUGGCGCUCAAUAUCGAGAAUUCCCAGCGCGAGAUGACGGAGCGAAUGGCCACCCUGUUGCCGGAGAACAAGAGGCAGCUCUCGCUGAACAUCCUGCCUAGGAGGGAGCCCUUCGAGAUUCUCUACAGACUCAACUGCGACAACCUGUGUGCCGACUUCCACGAGGAUCUGGAGUUCAGGUUCUCCUGGGGAAUCACCGCGCUCAUCAGUCGGUUCGCCGGCCAGCAGGGCCAGAGGGUGGCCAUCGCCAACUACCACGAGAUCCCGUCCGCGUUGACAUCCCCGACGGACAGCGUGGACUCGAUGAGAGCGGUGACCAAGGUGGUCGGCUUCCCCUCCAGGAGCGACGACUGGUCGCUCGCGAGCAAGAUCGCCGUAGUCUCCAUCACUUCCCAGGGCACCAUGGGGGGCCUCCUGCUGGCCGGAUUCAUGCUGAAGACGGUCGGCUGGAGGCUCAUCGCCGUCACCGGCGCCGUCUACGGCGCCCUCUACCUCUACGAACGACUUACCUGGACGAGCAAGGCCAAAGAAAGAGAGUUCAAGCGCCAGUACGUCGCCCACGCCACCAAAAAACUUAGGCUGAUCGUGGACCUGACCUCGGCGAACUGCAGCCACCAAGUGCAACAGGAGCUCUCCAGCACGUACGCGAGGCUCUGCCAUCUGGUGGACGAGACCGUAACCGACAUGGACGCGGAGCUGAAGGGGAUCGCGGGCACCCUGCGUACUUUGGAGGAGGCCGCCACCAGCGCCAAGGUCCUGAGGAACAAGGCGAACUACCUGGCGAACGAGCUCGACCUGUUCGACGCGGCGUACCUGAAGUCGCUCCACUGAGCGACCCGAUGGACGUCGUCGGCGAGUCCGACCUCGACCCGCCGCUCUCCGGGGUAGCCGGGGAAGUGCGCGGGAAGUUCCUACUCCGCAAUUUUUCUAGUCCUGUCCGCGGAACGAUUGGCGCAUGCGCAAGGAGAGUCCCAAGUGGUUAAGGGGAUAUGAAAGGGUCAUUCUAUAUAUACAUCGAAACGUGAAAAUAUUAAACUUUUCGCCUAACUGGAUGCACCGAAUUAUCUAAAACUUUAA